AUGGUGUCUUUUGGAGCGUUGCCAUGUGACGCAACACCGACGGCAGAGUUUGUUGAGCGAUUUGAUCAAUUGUUCAACUGCUUCAACAGUGGAUGCCUCAACAGUAAGAGCGCCAUGGGACACACUAUCACAUCAAAUUCCCGGCAUGAAGCUAUUUUGCGAGACACGCAAGUGUGGUUGGGCAACAUUGUCUGCAAAAACAAAACGAAAACCCUACCCUGCCUUGAAGGAUGGAAACUCUCCACCCACAGAGAGUCUGAUAUACAGCUUUGGCAACACCUGAAAGAGGACUGUGGUUUCAAAUUCCUCACGACAAGCCGCCUGAAUCAAGACCGUCUUGAGAAUAUGUUUUCGGUGAUACGUGGCAAAGGUGGACACAGGGUCAACCCAGAUCCAAUGGAAUUCCGUCUGGCAUUUCGGCAGACAAUAGUUGAUGCUGUGCUUGUCACCGGAGACACUAAAAACUCAUCAGUAGAGGAGAUAAAAACUUGCAGCCCCAGUACUGAAUGGAUUUCUUUUAUGCAGUGUCUAAGUUCGGAUGAAAUGGUGGGGGGCUUCAAAGGCCACUGGAUGUUCAAGCAAUUCAAUGCUAUGAAACCAAAAAAAUAUCACAUCAAAUCAUUUGGAAUUUGUGAUGCGGCGACCGGGUAUGUCUACAAUCUUUUGACGUACUUCGGCACUGAUACCAGUUAUAAUCCUGACACUGAUGUCAACUCUGGCCAAGCAAUAAAGGUAUUUGACCCACUCUUGACAGGUCUUGUGAAGAGACAUCACAUAUUUGCAGAUCAUUAUUAUACGACCAGGGCACUCAUUGAUUCCCUCCUGCAGAUAAAGAAGUUCUACUACACGGGUACUGUGAACAUAAACCGUGUAGGAUUCCCUUCGGAAUUCAAAACAGUAAAACUGAUCUUCAAAGAAACCAAGUUCUUCACCAAUGAAGAUUCUUCAAUCGUGUCAGGAGUCGUGUUCCCUGACAAAAAAGCAAAACAACCUGUUGCUGUAGCGUCAAAACCAUCAUCCACUGAAUUGAUAAGCAAAAAGGAUGUCGACAAACCAGUGAUGAUCGACGAAUACAACACAUGA